AUGUAAAUAUUUGGGACAGUUAGAUCUUACAGCAAGCAACUUUGAUGUUAAGGAUUUUGUAAAGUUUAUUGAUAAUUGCGGCAAGCAUCUAACGCACUUAAAAUUAAGUAGGUGCAAAUUAAUUGAUGAUAGUCAUGCUCUACUUAAAAUUUCAGAGAUAUGCACAAAUUUGAAAGAAUUGGCUUUAAUUCAUUGUCGCGUAGACGACGAAGAAUUUUCGUAUCUCGAGAGGCUAAAUGGUUUGGAGUAUCUAAAUCUUCUUGAUACACAUAUAGAAACGCAACGUCUUUGUAAAAUACUGCACAAAAAUCAACGGAUGCGUGAGAUAUAUUUGGAAAUGUAUUUUGAAAGAGACUUAAACCUAGAUGCAGUCCUAAUUGAGUUGGGAAAGUCGUGUCCUGACUUGGAAGUAAUAAGUUCAAAUAUGGAAGUACGUCAUCUUACAUCUCGGGGUAUCAAUGCCUUUGCUGACUGUAAGAAUUUACGAAAAAUAAACCUUUUUCAAUACAAAUACCCAGCUUAUACUGAUAUCAGCUUAUUUAGAUUACUUUCCUCCUAUCAAAACUUGCAAGAAAUUUGUUUGUGUCAUUUUGUCCUCACUGAUCACAAGUUAGAAUUACUGGCGCAGUCUCCGGUAAAAGCUAAAAGUAUAGGGGAGAUCGGGGCAUACUUGACACUAAGCUUUUUGCCAAUUUAA